AUGGCUAUUGCGAAAUCAACCAACUUGACAUUGAUUUUACUGGCUGUUGGUGGUGCUUUUGGAGCAAUUGCUCCCACAAGGAUCAAACCGAUCUUGCCAACAACGGCAUUGACAUCUAUGCAGACAAGCACAGAGACAUCGUCGACGACUGAGACCGACCUGGCUUUCUCAUACCCUGGCUUUGGCCUACCCACCAGCCCAUUCACCGGCUCUGCUUCUACAACCGCGUCCUCGACCUCUGUAUCUGGCUUGGAUACUUCUCCGUGCACUUCUGCAAUCAGUUCCUCUUCCUACAUUCCUUCCAUAGCACAGUCGAUCCCUCCCUACCUUCCUCUCUCCUCCGCCUCCAUCUCCGAUACCUCCACCACCUCUCAGGUCUCCGUUUCGUCGUCCACUUCGACGUUCCCACAAGCCCCUCUACCUCCUUCCGUUCCAACCACAUAUCCUUCCAGCAGCCGCGCAGGUCAAUGCUCAGAGAGUACACAGUGCUCACAUAACGCAACAAUCACCAUUUCCUUCAUGAGUACAGCUACUAUAACAAAAACUGUCAGCUUGAGCUUCUCCUCAAACAGCCCUGCAGCUCCUAUCACGCGCUCCGCGUCCCCGUCUGUGUCUACAGAGUCAUGCGAUAGCACAGCCCUAGGCUGGGGAAACACUACGAGCGACAUCAUCCUUUCAACAGCUCUGACGAGCGCGGAGCCAUCUGAGAGUGGUCUGGGAUAUCCUACUCCCGAGACUCUGACAGCAGCCUUGCCAGCAACUAACAGCAAUAGCGGAGUUACGUACGGAAGCGUCAGUAGCAGCAGCGAGUAUGGCAACAGUGGGAAUGCCAGCACAAACAGUGGGGGCAGCCAUUCCAGGACCCUUACAGGCCCGCUAACGCAAAACCCAUCUCCUUCCCUUACAAUAACAUCUCACUCCGGCAUCGGUGUCACUACUAGCACUAGCACCACAAUCACGAUCCGGACAAGCCAGAGCACCAGUACAAGCACAAACGGAGCGCCAACCAGAACAGGUGGUGUGGGGCGCCUGGAUCUCGAGUUCGAAACUGUCUUUGCAACAUGUCUGUUUGCUAUCGUAUGGGUCUUGGUCUUUGGCCUAUGA